AUGGUGUUCAGCCUGAACCGCAGUGACCCACUACCAACAAAUCAGCCCAGCUUUUGCGUGUACCUUCUGCCUGGUUCCUCCAGUGUUACCACUAUAAAGAAAGUGGUUCAACAGCUCCAGCUGGAGACGGGCCUCAACUAUGUGAAGAUUUCCCAGAAGGCUGCAGGUUUGAAACAAUUCUGUCUGCAGAAUGCUCAAUAUGACCCCCUGCUGACUGCAGUAUAUCCAAGUACCAAUCCCUUUAGACCCCAGAAAGUAGGCUCCUUUUUGUAG